AUGCUUGACGGACUUUGUCACAAGUUGAGUAAUGAACUAUGGCUACAUGGUGAGGAGAUGAUCACGUUUCUCCGAGACAAAUAUGAAGUCGAAGUGUCGGUCAGUCGCACCACAUGGACUUUGCAGUCUCGUAAAUGGUCCAAGAAGAUAGCCCGUGGUGUUGCGAGGCAAACAUAUUCUCCAGAUGGGAUCGUGUUGUCGCGCAUCGUUAGAGGCUCGACUGAUCAUGUCAUGUUUGAGGACUUUAUUAAACAGCUGCUUUGUCAUUGUGGGAAGUUCUCACAACGUAAGUCCGCCCUUGCGAUGGAUAAUGCAAGCUUCUACAGAGAUUGCAAGGUAAGAGAGCUAUGUUCUGCUACAGGAACGGAGGUUCUCUUUCUUCCAGCCUACUUACCAGGCUUGAACCCUGUAGAAGAGCAUUUGCGAGAAGUAGAAGGCCUUACGAGGAAAGAGCAGUAUGCCUAA